GCUGCUCAGUACGUGUGAGUCGGGAGAGACUCUGUCAGAAGCUGAAGGGUCGGUCUGUGGUCCCCAGUUCGCGAUGAGCUUCUUUGUGUUUGUCGCUCUGCUCUUCGGGGCUCUUUGCGUCUGUUCGCGCGUUCAGGCCCAUAUAGAUAUAAGUGUUGUUGCCUGUCAGACCGGUGACAUUUACCCUGAGGCUGAAGAAGAACUGGAUGGAGAUGAGCUGAUGUACAUCGAUUUUAAAAAGAAAGACUGGGUGGGCACAAUGCCUGACUUUCUUCAGCAGUGGUCAGGUGAAAACAUUGUUACGGGUGCACUGGCAAACUAUGAGGUUUGUAAGAACAACCUGAAUGUGAGUAUUGAGGUUGAAAAGCUACCUGAAGAGAUCGAUCCUCCACAAGCCACAAUCUAUCCCAGAAAUGAUGUUUUACUGGGAGAAAGAAAUAUACUCAUCUGCUUUGUGAACAACUUCUUCCCACCACCUGUGAAAGUGAAGUGGACUAAGAAUGAUGUGGAGGUGACAGAGGGGGUCACUCUGAGUCGCUACUACCCCAACAAGGAUUUCACCUUCAGACAGUACUCUACUGUACCCAUCACCCCACAGGAGGGGGAUGUUUACUCCUGCACCGUGGAGCACAAGGGGCUUCCUGAACCUGAAACCAGGCUCUGGGAACCAGAAAUUCAGGAAGUGUUGGACAUCAGGAAGACCAUCUUUUGUGGAAUAGGACUGACCCUUGGUUUGUUGGGAGUCGGAGUUGGAACCUUCUUUCUCAUAAAGGGGAACAACUGCAAUUAAAAAGUUUUCCAUGAAGACUGAACACCAAGACCAGGAAUGGGGAUGUGCCUAACAUUACUUCUGUGUCAAAAUUUGUUUUAAUUUUGAAGAUAUGUAGAGUUUAAGAAUUUUUAUUUCCAUAAGAUAUUGUAAUUCAUGGCAUCCUAUGACAUCUGAAAUCCAAACAAAACUGAAAUUUUUCAUAAGAUUCAUAUUAGUAUAAUGAAUAUUUGAACAUUUGUGCAUUGGAACCUGAAUAUAUGCAAAAUAUAAUGAUUUUGUGUCAGUUUUAUUAAGGCAAACUGAGAAAUUGCAUUAACUUCAGCAAUAUAUACAGUACUUCAUAAAAAUGCAAGGUUUUGUCUUGACUAAUCAAGGGGAUGUCAAGCUGAGUUUUUUUUUUUUUAUUUUUAAGAUGUGCUGGUAGAAGGGGGGUGUGGUGGCGCAGUG